AUGAUGGAUAUAAAUUCCUUAAAUUCCCUUUCUCUAAGUUUUCCUUCAAAUAGCAACAACAUCAAUAUUUCUGGCUCAAAUUCUACCUUCAAUUCAAGAUCAAAUUCAAGAUCAAACUCAAGAUCAAACUCUAUUACAAACUCAAGAUCAAAUUCAAGAUCAAACUCCCCCAUGAAUAGCUCAAACGACUUUCACGAUGAAAAUUUCACUAAUAUAUACCACAACAAUGAUAAAGAACUAGAUAAUGAUGACACCGAUGACAGCGAUGUCUCAAAUUUAUAUGCAGGCGAUGAUGAUGAUGACGACGAUGACGACGAUGAUGAUCAAGAUAAUAAUAAUCACGAUAAUACCCAUAAUAACGAUAAUAUCAUAAUUAAUGACAAUAAUAACAAAAUUUAUACUGAUAAUGACAGUGAUAACGAUAGCGAUAAUGACAAUGAAUUCCUGAUAAAUAACCUUCACAAAAAACUCGAUCGGCGUAAAGAAUCAGAAGAAAACAACAAAAUUCUUUAUGUUCGUGAAAGUAUUCAAAAAUUCAAAAAUAAAAUUCAAAAUAUCGACAAUAUCGAUCGUAUCGACAUUACCAGUCCUACAAAUUCCUUAUCCGAUAACGAUGAUCACCACAAUAACAAUAACAAUAACAAUAACAAUCAUAAUAACCAUAAUCAUAAUAAUCAUAAUCAUAAUACAAAUAAUACAAAUAAUAACAAUUUUAAUCCCAAUCAAAAUAGAAAUAAUAUCAAUGACAAUGUCAUAAGUAAUCUCAAUGAAAGUGUAUAUAAUACUAGCCAAACAACAAUAAGUCAACCUUUUAGCCAGUCAUUUGAAGUUUUGCCUGACAUAGAUCUUAACAAUUUCAAUUCAUCAACUAGUUUUGGAUUUAAUUUAUCAAAGUCUCAAAACAAUAACUUCAAUUCCCUCAUUAACCACAGUAAUACUGUGGCCAAUAUGAAAUUUUCGAAUAAUUUCCAAAACAACAUUCAAAGCAAUCUUCAAAAUCAAAAUCAAAAUCAAAUUCACAAUGCCUCUUCACAUUUUCUGGAUUACUCCAACUUUCACAACGGGAUAAUUUCCAAUAAAAAUGCACAAUUUCUGAAUCAGGAUUCUUCUCAAAAUUCGUCCUAUUCAACACCAACUUUGAAAACUAUUCCGGUUCCAAAUCCCACCAAUCAAAAAAAUUCGAACGCCUUUAAUUUUGAUAAUAUCAAUAGGGAGAACAUAACACUGAUCUCUACUUACACUCAAAAUCAUUUUACAAAUAAUAAUCAGAAUAACCAAAAUAUUCAAAAUAAUAAUCAAAAAAUAGACCAGAACAAUUUCAACAUGGAUCUUAUUUCUAAUAAUAACAUCAACAAUUCAGGCAAUCUAAGUGCUCCAAUUUUAACCCCAAAUCUACCUUCAAGUUCUAAUUCAAGUUUGAAUCAAAAUUUGGCCUCUACAAGACAAACAAGGCAAAAAAACCAAAGAAUUAGUUGGUCAAAAAAUGACGACUUGCUUCUAGUUACUAUUAUUAGGAAAUUUAAUCACAUCAAACAAGAAAAAAAAUUUGAGAAAAAGUUUUGGGAAACAGUUAAAAAUGAAUUAAAAAAUAACAACAUAAUCAGAAAUUUUAAACAAUGCAAAGAUAGAUACAAAACCUUAUAUAAUAAAGUUAUACAUUCAAAUAAAACAGAUGAAACUAAUAUUAAUAUCAAUAAUAAAAAGACUACUCCUAAAUCAAAAAAAAGAGGAAUUAGUGUUGCCUCUUCUGGUGUAGAAGACCAAAUUAACAAGAUUAUUAUGGAAAUUGAAGGGAUGAAACGAAAUGACGAUGAAAAAAAUCUAUCAACUAAUAAUCAAGAAAUGACUUCAUUAGAUGAACAAGCCCAAAUUCCAAAUCUGGGUUCAACAAAAAUCAAAAGCAACGAUUUAGUGGAGAACUCAAAAUCUUCCACAAAUCCAUCUAACAACCCAACCAGCACUGAUAUAAUGAGGAGUAGAAAUGACUCGAAGGUUUCAAAUGCAUCAACAAGAAUGGUUCAUCCUAGGUCUUAUGAUUCAUUGAUUGAUUUUCCAAAUGUCAAAAGAAGAUCUUUACAGUCAAAAACCCCAAUAAGCGAUGCUAAUUCAGACGCUUCCACUACUUCACCUCCUACACUGUUACCUCUUAGCCCUUUAGCAACUGCUUCUGAAACGGUUGUUGUUCCAGAAAACACUGCAGUUUCACCUACUUCUGUUCCACCACCUACUUGCAUUUCUGCCAACUUAUCUUCUAACACUGUUCUGUCUACUCCUGCUCCUACUUUUCAAUCUUCUUCUACACUGAAUGUUGUUCAAGGUCGAGUUCCUCAGGGUAUUUCUGCUCAAACAAAUACAGUCCCAUCUAAUUCUAUUCCAUUUAAUGGUGCUCUAUUAGAUAAUGGUUUUUCUCAAUUGAACUCUACAGGUAGCGAUCUAAAUGAAUUGUCUAAUAAUGUGGGAGCUUCUCCUAAUUUAAAUUGUGAUAUUAAUAACAGAAACACUAUUCCAAAUAAUAUUAGUAAUGAAGAGCAUGUUUUAAUUAGCAGUAAUUUAUUUAACCAGAUUUUAACAGAACUUCGUAAUUCAAGUCAAAGUAAUAAUUUUCUUUUUAGCCAAAUUUUGUCAGAAGUUAGAGUCACCAAUCAAAAUAAUAAUCAAAAUAAUAAUCAAAAAUUCAAUAAAAUUUUAAAUGAGCUUAAAACUACAAGCCAAAGAUUAAAUAGAAUGGAAAAACAUAAUAAAAGGGUUGAAGAACAUAAUGUCUGGAUGGAUAGACAACAUGAUAGGCUAGAAGAUCAUUAUAAUGCAGCAAAUGAAAAAAACAGGCAAUUGCUAACUAUUUUAAAUGAAAUGGAUAGAAAUAUUAAAGGCAACACUCAAAAAUUUAAUAGCAUAAACAUGAAGCAAAGUCAAAUGGAAAAGAAAAUUGAUGACGAUAAAAAUCAAAAUUUAUUAAUGUUGAAGCAAUUUGGGAGUAAAUUUGAUAAUUUGAAAACACAAUUAGUUGAUUUUUUAGAUAGUCAAAACAAUGUUUUGAAUAUGAAUGAAUUUUCAAAUACUCUCAAAUUCAACACUGUUAAUAAAAAUGUUCAAACCUUUAAUGCCGCGGGCAAUAAUAUUACUGCUCCCUCAGGCACUUUUCACCACUCAAGUAACAGAGAUACCAACCCUUUGAGUAAUAUAAAUAAUAUUAAUCGGGCUAUUGUCAAUAAUGGUAAAAAUGAUAAUAAUAACAAUGAUAAUAAUGAUAAUCAUAGGACUGGUAUCAAAAAUAAUAGGGCUAUUAAUGCUAACACUAAUGAGGUCUCUAAAACAAAUAAUGUCAGGAAUUUUACAAAUAAAGAUGCUACUGAAACAAAUACUAUAGUUGGAAAUAGUGAUAAAACUGAAACUAAUAAUAAUGCUGGGGGUAAUAACAACAGUAAUAAUAAUAGCAGUAUUGAUCUUAAUAGCAAUGGUAAUGGUAACAGUAACAACAAUAAUACUGCUAAUACUGCUAAUACUGCUAAUACUGCUAAUAAUAAUAAUAAUAAUAAUAAUAAUAAUAAUAAUAAUAAUAAUAAUAAUAAUAAUAAUAAUAAUAAUAAUAGUAAUAAUAGUAAUAAUAUUAAUAAUAAUAAUAGUAAUAAUAAUAACAAUGAUACUAAUAAUCAGUUUGAACAUUCUCCAAGUUCCAAUUCUGUUAUUAACAGCAAUGGUAUUCCAGUAUUAAUGAACAGCAUUCGGAAUUUUAAUGGAAAACUACCUAAUAGAAAUAAUAUUAAUGGAAUUGUUAGCAAUAAAGUUAAUAAUGAGGUUGGUAAUUCAAAUGCAAAUUUUAAUGUACCAAAUAGAAAUGAACAGAUUUUCAAUCAACAGGAAGCUAUCAAUAACACACCUCUUGCUCUUACAAAUACACAAAUGACAAUUCCUUACAAUAUACAGCAACCCCUGCCAAAUCAAAUGAAUCAACAAAAUCAGAUUCAAAACCAAAUGAUUGGGAAUAAUCGUGUUUGCUAUUCCACUAUAAAUGAACCGCAAAAUAGGAUAAAUUACUAUCUCAGUAAUUCUCCUGGAUCUUUACAAACCUCAUCAAAUGCCAAUGGUAUACAAUUAGCUGGGAGCCAGGUUUUUGCGCCAAAACAACAAUUACUGGGCUCACAGCAGCAUAUGCUUGUUCCACAGCAGAAUGUUCCAGGUCAAUUUUUUGAUCUAGGACUACCAGUCCAAGCUAUCAACAAUCAGGCGCCAACUGACGGAAACCAGUUGCAAUUUCAGCUCCCGCAGCAGGCCCAGGCCCAGGCCCAUCUCCGGCAGAAGGUUCAAGGGCAGACUCAUCUCCAACAGACCCAAAUUCAAGCUCAAGGUCAGCAAGCACAAGGUCAGCAAGUACAGUUUCAGGGUGAUGGAAAUGCUCGGGCUCAAAUGCAGCAAAUAGGCCAAACUAUGAACAUGUAUGAAGGCACUCCUCUGGAAAUGCAGUUUCCUGUUCAACACCCACCUCCGGAUAACGAUCCAAGUAACAUGGGGGAUUUCAAUUUUUAA